GCCAGGACGGUUCCUAGCAUUCUUGAAAUCAUCCGUGCCUUCUGCCUGGGAAAAGAUGGUCAGCGUCUUGGAAGGAGUGCUUAUUGAAUGCAAUCCCGCCAUGAAGCAGUUCUUGCUGUACUUGGAUGAGUCCAAUGCCUUGGGGAAGAAGUUCAUCAUCCAGGACAUCGAUGACACACAUGUCUUUGUCAUCGCAGAGCUGGUUAAUGUCCUCCAGGAGCGAGUAGGGGAGCUGAUGGACCAGAAUGCCUGUUCUCUUACCCAGAAGUGAAAAUUCUAGAUGUUGAGCACUUGGGAAUUACAAGCACAGGCAUGAAAGAGAGGGCCCAUUCGGUGUCUCAUACGACGUUUUAGACUUUUUAUGAGCAUUUUGUGGGAAAGGCUGCAGGAGCAUCUAUUCAGAUGAAAGCUUCUAACUGAUUUUGUUGGACCAUUAAAAAUAAUCUUUUU